CAUCGAUGCGUCGUGUUUUCUCCACCUCUAAGCUGUGCUCGGGAAUAAUGUGUAAUUGUUACGAAAAUAAGUCAAAUGGAAGCUAAAAUAUAGUGGCUAGGGCGUUGUGAAAGUGCAACUGAGCACCAUCGCACCAAGUGAAAGAUAAAUCGGCGAAUAGCGAGUGAAAGAGAAUCAACCUUCAAAGCGGAAUCGAACAAAAACAUCGUUCAGUAAAAAUUUGAAUCCAACGUACGUCGGCUCCCCAAACUCUCUGCUUGUUGAAUUUCGAGAUUAAAUUUUUGCGUCUGCGGAGGAGUCUUCAUAUUCCCGGGCACACAAAUCCCAGCCAGGAGCCCACAAUGGGCAAGCGGCUCCAGCUUGAGCGCCCACCCACCGACAGGAGCAUCCGAAAACGGAAGCGGUCGGCGAUUAAGGCUGCCGAGAAGCACCAGCGCGUGGACGGCCCAAACAACUACGAAUUCCACGAGAAUGACGACGAGGACUCUUCUUCGUCGGGCUCGGCUGCCGGUCGCGAGGGAGCUCGCAUGGAAGUGGACCAGUUGGUCCCCGCGACACUGAUGCACACUCCCCAAGGUAGAGGUUUGCUCCUAACCGGCGCCAGCUUCGCCAGUGACCAUAAUAAUUCGAGUGUGACGGAAUCACCGCGUCCGGUUUACACCCUGAGACCGUCGGUUGUAAACGGUACCAUUCUCCGGGACGUCCUCUCCAAGGCCUGGCGCUUGGGGCGACCCAUAGGCAAAGGUAAUUUUGGCGAAAUAUUUUUGGCCUCGGACGACACCGUAUGCCCGACUAGUUCGGAAAAUGCCAAGUAUGUCGUUAAGAUUGAGCCCCAUUCCAAUGGACCACUUUUCGUGGAGAUACACUGUCUGAUUAACACUUCACAGAGCAAGGAUCCAUCGGCUAUAGAAGAAAAUGUUGUAAACCUGCCAGCCCAACAGCCCCAUGCCCUAGCCAAGGGCCCGCCCUCUGGGAUACCAAGCUUCAUUGCUUCUGGCACUCACUACUUCGGAGACGCCCGUUAUCGUUUCCUUGUGCUGCCCCGCUUCGAUCGCGACCUCCACUCGCUGAUCAGGAACUCGCGGGUGCAGCAAAAGUCACUGCUGGUGCUCGCCAUCCAUAUAAUCGAUGUGCUUGAAAAUCUGCACGACAAGGGAUACUGUCACAACGAUAUUAAAGCCCAAAACCUGAUGGUGUCCAAGUGCAAGUAUCUUAAGAGGCAGGCAGUUCGAGUGGGUGCAGCCGCUGCUGUCAAGAACAAGGGGAAUAACUUCGACGAACACUACGAGGAGAAGCAACAGACCACAGACAGUGGCAAUAGUUCGGAGCAGGAGACCAACGAUGAUGACUUCUUCAUGAAGAGCGAACGGUUUCCUCUCAAAAGAAUUGCACAUAUCGAUGAGGAGGAAGACGACGAGGACGAGGAUUUUGAUGACGGUGCUACGUCGAACAGUAACAACAGCAACAGCAUGGAUGUCUACCAAACGCCCAUAAACAAGAAGCGGCGUGGACGGAAUAACGUUCAAUUCAGUGGCUCCAAUCCAGUGCGCUCGUGCCGCCGUGAGAAACGUAACUCCAUGUACGAGGAAAUGGUCAAGUCGCAUUAUUUGCGACCCACCAAGCGUAUUAGCUACCGCGAAGAGUUUAACGAGGCAGGUGAUCCCAUUAAGCAGAGCGAGGAUAACAGCGAUCAGUCGGCCGAGUCUUCCGACAACGAGUCAGAGGAGUUCAUUCCACCCUCAGAACGCCGAUCGACGAACAAGAGGGGUAGGCUUGCUUUGGCCUCUAGUGCCAAGAAAGGACCCGUCUCUACUCGGGCUACCCGAACUCAGGAGAAGGUCAAGAAGGAAACGCAUGGUGUGCACAGAACGCGCGGAAGGGGCAACAAGCUGGUAGAGAAUCAGCCUCCCACUGAAUACCAGUUCAUACCUGUGGAGGAGGAGCACGUGUUUCUUAUUGACUUUGGGUUGGCCUCCAAGUACCAGGAUCGCGGUGUCCAUCGCCCCUUCAUUAUGGAUCAGCGGCGUGCGCAUGACGGUACUUUGGAGUUUACUUCGCGGGACGCCCACUUGGGAGCCCAUUCGCGGCGCAGCGAUCUUGAGUGCCUGGGGUAUAAUCUAGUUUACUGGUCCCAGGGCUGCUUACCGUGGAAGGAUGCAGCCCAACAGCAACAGCAGGAGAAGGUGCAUCGAUCCAAGGAGCUGUUCAUGACUGAUGUGCCAGAGAUGCUGCGCCAAUUUUAUGGCAAGCAAGUUCCUAAAUACCUAGGCGAGUUCCUGCAGCAGAUCGGAAAGUUGGCGUACCAGGAGCGUCCAAACUACGAGCGCUAUCGCAACAUCUUCCGAAAUGAGUACCAGAAUCUGGGCUUCGAUCUGGAGAAGAUGCGCCUGAGCAGCGAGGAGAUCCAGCGCACCUGCGUUUCUGUCAAGGAUGAAGUUGACGGCAGCCGAUGUGACAUUUUCGAGUUGAACAACAAGAUUACUGCGAAUGUUAUGCGAAACUCGGCGUUAAACACACCCUUCCAGGAGCAUUCGCUAACUAACCGUGUUUCACCCAAGAAUCUGCGCUCCAAGUCGAGCAAGAAGACGACGAAAAAGAAGUUCUCUUGGGCGGAGGUCCUGUCCCAGGACCCAGACCAAAUAGCCCGGGAACGCGCAGUCAAGGAGUUUGAGCGGGAGGAGUCGAUUUGCCCCCUGCAAUCCCGUCUUCCCAGACGUUAUGAUGGUAAGCCCACUUAUGCGAUACUGGCUGUCGAGCAGAGUCGUCGCGACAAGGGUCUGGUCGUUCAGGAGCAUAAUGACGAAGAAGAUAACGAUGAAGACGAAGACGAUGAACAAAACGAAGAGGAGGAUACUGAUGAACAGGAGGAGGAAGAAAACGAUGAUGUUGAAGAGGAGGAAGUGGAUGGUAGCGAUUAUUCCAAUCAGACCGCUCGGGCUGGGCGCGGCCGACCUAAGGGCAGUGGCCGCAAGAGGACCACCAGCAAGCCUGGCCAAGCACCACAGCCGCCGGUGAAGUGCAAUCGCGUAGCAGCUCGGCGACUCGGUGCUGUGAGUAAGAACCGCUCCACCCCUCUGUCAGCGGUGGCCAGUAACAAACGUGGCUGUGCCACACGCAAGGAAAACACCUCACUGGCCUCAGCUGCCGGCGAGCCAUCGGGAGAGAGGAAACUAAAGGCGGGCCGAGAGAAGUCGGCGCCACAAACUGGCCGACAACCUAAGCAGCGGCAAACGCGCCGCUGCCUCUAUAAGACUGAAUCACAACUCGGCGAGAACGAUGUGGAGAAUAACGCAAACCUGCUGGAAGUGCAGCACCUUUAUGGCGAAUAUGAUGACGAGAAUAACUACGGCAAGGGGCGCCAUGUCCACGCGUCCAGGCAUUGCCGCAAAUGAUUGCUAGAUGACUGUAAGGAAUAGGAUUAGUGACCGUAAAUGAAAGAUGGAGAGAAAUGGACGAAGAAGAAUUGAUUAGAGAAGCGAAGGCAAUGCCAAAUGCAAAAGCUAUAGAAGAACAGAACAGAACAGAAAAAGAGAAAAAACUAAAUUCGUUUCAAGUAUUUUUAGUGGUAAUUAAGUCAAGUCGGUGCAGAAUAAGGCACCCAACAGGACAGAUCCUACUUAUAUGCAUAUUAUCGGCUUUACAUUGUAAUUUGAUUUUUUGCACAUUAAAGAUAUAAGUUUUGGUUAAGAACGUCAAAUAGGAAAGCGCGCGCUCAGCUCCAUUGGGAAGAUGUUGUUGAAUUUUUCAUUUAAAUACCAUGUAGUCCCCAGUUGUAAGAGAUAUUGUGUGUUUUUUUAAACCGAGCCCAGGAGCAGUGCCCUGUAAGUUAUGAUUGGCCUUGAUAGCAAAAUCCUUGAGUUUAUAAUAUUUUUUUAGUUUUUAUCCAAACCCCAUGUUAGUUUGUUAGUCCAUAACCGAUGUAAGACCCGUUUUCAACAACAUUUCAUGCAGCAAGGUACAUAUUCUCCUCAAAAAGUAUUUAAUAUAACUAGAUAAUGGUUACUUCAUAAACAUGAUAAAAGUCUAAGUUAGGAUUUACUUGUAUAAACAAGCAGCGGAAAUAAAUAAAUUAGAAUUGUAUUUCCUUAACAAUUA